AUGCGGCUGUGCGACGUGACAGUUGCGCUGCGCACGCUCGCGCGCAUCACUGCGAACGCGCUCAAGGCCAAAAACAGCAAGGCGCCCACUAGUGUGAUUCGAACGGUCGCGGGCGACGUCUUUCGUGCCAUCGAAGCGGAAUGGGAGCGCAUGGUGAGCACAGUGGGCAACGGACUGCCCGAUUCACAAGCGCUGCGCAAGCAAAAGCUGCUUGCAAGCGGCGCUGAAGUGCGCCAGCUCAUUGGACGAAUCGUGUCCGUGCUGAACGCCACGAACAACGAGUUUAACGCCACCGUGUAUGACUCGUUCGUGGCCGCCACAGAAGGCCUGGCCCGAUUCAUGGCCGACCAUUUUGUUGAAGCCAUGAACUCGAUGCUCGAGCCGCUGUCAAAAGCAGCGCAGCAAUGUCACACGGACGUGCAGGCCGUGCGCAACGCCGGCAAAGCAAACGAUGUGCUGAGCGCAUUCAACACGGCAACGCGCUCGAUUGCCAGUUUUGCCGAAACGGUGAGUCUGCUCAAGGGCAGCUUCCCGCCGCUUGACUCUGAGUUCUACUCCUUCCUCGGCGACGGCUUCAACUUUUUAAACACGAUGAAUUCCCGCCUGGCCGAAGAUGUGAACGCCUUCUUGCGGCUUCCGCAGGCGCCGACCGCACCGCCGCACACGCUGCCGCACGGCAAGCUCGCGACGGAAAUCCUCGCCCUUGUGCGCGACAUUGUGGACGCCGUCUCACUCGAAAGUCAGUCCAUUUCUGGCGCAUCCACCUUGGCCUGCUACAGCAAAACCUUGUCGUCCAUCCUGCAUGCCGAAGAGCUGCGCACGCAGAUGCAUGCCAGCGAAGUGCAGGACGUGCGCGACUCUGGCGCCAACGCGCGUCUUGUUCAGCUCAAGUCCGAGCACAGUCUGGCAGUGCCGCCUUCGAUUUCGUCAUUAGCGUCUGUCGCGGACGACGUGAACGUGUCGUUGCAAAACAUUUCGUUUGCUGCCUCCCAGUACGACCCAAACACACUCAAAUCGGUCGUCGAGUCGGCCCAGCCGCAGGUUGGUGCUUGCGUGCGUUCCAUCGCAACGGCGUUCGACGAAGAGAUCAAGCGGCUCCAAACAGACGUCUCAACGCAUCAGACACAGCUGGAUGCGGCGCUAGAGCAGGUCAGAUCGGCCCCGGGCGACAAGGACGCCACCAGCCAGCUCGUCAAGGCUGCGUCCUCCUUGCAGCUUGCCGUCGCUCCCGUGGGCAAGCAUUUGUACGAAGGUGUGGCUUCGCCGCAACUCGGACAGCUCGAAGCGCAAUUGCAGUCGGCCACCAAGCGCGUCAACGAUCACGCAGGGGGCGAAAACCAAGCAGAGCUCGAACAGGCGGCCGCGCAGGUUGCCGCCCUCGCCCGCCAAACGGCUACUCUGAAAGAGCAGCUGCUCGAUGUCAACAAGGUUUUGGAAGCUCCCGGCAACGACGAGCUUGCCGAAGAGCUGUACAUGGCCUGUGACUCGCUCGAAGAAGCAGUCGACGAAGCGCUUGGUCGGAUUGUCCCGAUUCCCAAAUCGGCGGAAACUGUUCUUGACGAUUCGCACGAGGAAGGCUGGAAACGACUGGACGAAAUUCAGUCAAAACAAGACAUGGAGUCGUUCUCAAAACUGGUCUCGACGCCGGUCGAGGCCGUUGUCAACACCUACGCCACCAUUCGCAAGAGCAAUAACGGUGGCGCGCGCUCCAAGCUCCCGAUGGGCGAUAACAAGACCAACGCCGCGGCGUUUGAGGGCACGGUGCCUGAAAUCGUGCAGGACUUUGAGGAGGCCAUCAAGCGCAACACGGCGGCAGCCAUCCCCGACUUUUUGCGGACUCGAACGGACACUGCCGUUGAAAAGGCGCUUGCCGCACCCAAGACCAUCCGCGGCAAGUCGAACAAUAGCAAAAACCCCGAUCCAGCCGCAGCCGGGCUCAACGUCUCUGUGGAUCAAAACAGUCAAGUCGUCGUUGAGCUUGGUCAAUUUGGCGAAGAGCGCGUUGUUAGUGGCACGCUCGAGCAGUUGAUUGUGCGAUUGACCGAUCCUGAAAAGAUUGACAUGUUGUUUACAAACGCGUUCAUCAUGACCUGCAACAACAUUGUCUCCCCCGAGCAACUGAUUGACAAAAUGACUGAUCGCUAUCGCCGGCCGCCAGAAGCCAAAAAGUACCCCAUCAUGGAGCGUACUUGCAUCAUUCUCAAAAAGUGGAUUGAUGAGCAUCUCGAUACCGCCAGUCCCACGUAUUCUCGAGUCAAAGAAAAGCUCACUGCUUUUAUUUUGUCGAUGGACACGUCCAAGGGCGAAUAUUUGCAAAAGAUUCUUCAGCGAGCACUGCUCAAGAAGGAGAGCGAUUCGAGCGAAAAACGCCCGUCGCUGCGAUCAACCACUGGCAAGCCUCGACGCAACACGACUGGUGCAUUCAAGCUCCUCGGAAUUUCGACCUUGCUCCACUCAGAUAGCUACGAUAUUGCUUGCCAGCUUGCCUCCGUCAAUGCUGACUUGUUCAAGGCGAUUAAGCUCGGAGAGCUCCGAAAACUCGCGUGGAUGUCGAGCGAGAAACAAACCAAGUCGCCCAAUGUGUUGGCCAUGAUUCGCAUGUUCAACCUUGUGGCUGUCUGGGUGGCCGCGUCCAUUCUCGAAGAAAAGAAACUCAAGCGUCGCGUCAAGAUGAUUAGCAAAAUGGUCGUGAUUGCCUCAUUCCUGCGGCAGCUCGGCGAUUUCCAGGGCACGAUGAGUAUUCUGGCCGGAUUGUCCAUGGCCUCAGUCAAGCGACUGACCUGGACGUUCCGCCUCAUGUCAAAGCGUCACACCAAGCGUCUUGAAGAGCUGGAGCUGGAGAUGCAGGCUGAAAAGUCUUACUCUCGCUACCGCGCGGCAUUGAAUUCCACCAAAAAUUCGGUUAUUCCAUUCCUCGCGGUCUUUUUGAGCGAUUUGGCUUUCAUUGACGAAGGCAACCCCGAUUUCCUUGGCGAGCGUGUCAACUUCGCCAAGCAGUACCUGAUUUACGACCUGUUCUUCUCGUUUGAAAACUACCAACGUCGGGCCGCGUACGAGACGUCCAUGUCAAACUUCAACCUCCUCCAAAGCAUUGGUGCGGCCAACAAGAGCGUUUCAGAGCAAGGCCUGUAUGAAUUCUCACUCCAGGUUGAGCCGCGCAACGCCAAACGAAACGAGAUUCGAUAA